AUGUCACCUGAUACACAGAACAUUAUCCUUGUAGAGAGUCGCGGGUCACAGGAGGUGGAGGCUCGGACAGUAACUGCCUUUUCUCUCCAGGACAUACUGGAUGGUCACAUUUCUUACACUCAGACUGACCACACCCACAAGGAGCCGACUCAAGACAGCUUUCUCUUUAUAGUGACCGAUGGCACCAACCUAACACCACUACAUCGAAUCAACAUCACUAUACAUCUGGUCAAUGAUGAAGCACCAAUGGUGAUGACUGAACAGAUAUUUGUACGAGAGAACUUCAAUGUGUUGGUGACCAAUGCCUCCCUGUAUGUUGUUGAUAUUGACACAUCUGCUGAUGACCUCAUCUUUACUCUGGAUACAGCCCCACAACAUGGGUCAAUGGGGAAGAGAGUUUCUGUACUGGAUCCAGUAGUGUCUGCCAGAGUUCUCCGCUCUAUAACUCCCAUCAAGUCUAAAGACCUACAAGCCACAGACAUUGACUCCAAUGAUGCUCGUAUAAAGUACACUAUCAAGAGGGACCCAACGAGUGGCCGUCUGAGACUGAAUCGGUCAGGGAACCCAGACCCACAAACAGUCUCCAUCCAUGGACCAAUUCAUCAUUUCUAUCAGGCUGACAUUGAUAAUGGUCUCCUUGAGUACCAGAACAUGGCAGGGGAGACAACUGGUGUGAUCACCUUCAAAUUUGAUGUGUCGGACCCAGAGGGCAACCCUCUUAUUGACCAGAUAUUCUAUAUAACAGUGUUAGAGGACCGAAUCCCACCACAGAUGCUAGCUAACAAGGAGCUUGUGGUAUCUGAAGGGGCGGAGGUGAAGAUAACCACUGACAACCUGUCCUUUACUGACGUUGAUUCCGAGCCAGGGACACUACAGUACUUCCUCUUAUCGGCCCCACUGUUAGGACACUUGGAGCUCACAGACAACCCAGGAGUACCUAUAUCAGAGUUCACUCAGUCAGAUCUGGCGGCCAACUGUGUGUUAUAUGUCCAUGACAGUCCAAAGGAGGUCUACAGUGACCGCUUCACUUUCACCGUCACUGAUGGAACCAACGAAGUGACGCACAAAUUCAAUAUUGCCAUCAACCCGGUGGAUGACGAGAUACCUGUUGUCACUAACAAUGGAAUGAGGGUCCAGGAAGGGAUACGCAAGGUCAUCACAGAGUUUGACCUCAGGGCUGUGGACAAGGACACUGGUGAAGACCACAUUGUAUUCCAAGUAAUUCAGCUCCCACUCCAUGGCAGCCUUGACCUUCAGGAGGGCGAGGAAUACAAACCAACUCUGACCUUCACCAUGCUGGAUAUCUACAAUAGUAGAGUCAGUUAUCAACAUGAUGGUUCUGAGACAAGGGAAGAUAACUUCUCCUUCACUGUAACAGAUGGCGCCACCUCCAUGUUUGCCAUGCAGAGAGAUCAUCACAGGGGUGAUAUCUUUAUACCCCAGUCAACCCCAGGGGAGUUCCAGAUUGAGAUCCUCCCCAUGGAUGAUGGCAGUCCUGUACUGGAGGUCAACAGAGGGCUUCAGUUUCUGGAGCUCGCAGACAGCAGUGCCUAUAACCUGAUUACAUUUCGAGAGUUACAAGCUGUGGACGUUGACACUGCUCCAUCUGACCUAGUUUUCCUUGUCACUCACACACCACGUCAUGGUCGACUGGAGAAGACAGCCAACCCAACUGUACCUAUCUUCUCCUUCAAUCAAGAGGAUGUGAACAAUGGACAAAUACAGUAUGUAUUGACAGGAGAUGUGACAGAGAUGGAGGACAGUUUCACCUUUGACCUUAUGGAUAAGAAACCGAACCAUAUCCCUGACAAUGAGUUCCACAUCAUGUGGUCUGUGAUCAGUUUUGAGCGACCAUUAUUGAACAUCACCGAGUCUGCUGGAGUAAUCCGAAUUCCUGUGACAAGGACAGGUAACCUAAAGCAGUAUGCCAUAGUGACGUGCAGAACACAACCGGGAGAAGCUACCUCUGAGAAGGUCAGAGCCCGCCCUGGCACGCAUGACUUCAUCCAACAUUCUGGGCAGGUCCAAUUUGAUGAGUGGCAAGAAACCAAAGUUUGCAGCAUUAUCAUCAAUGAUGACUCUAUCUACGAGGGACCAGAGAGGUUCUAUGUGGACCUGGUAGAUCCUGUGUACUCGUUAGUCCACCCUAGUCAUGGCCAGGCGCAGGUCACCAUCUACGACACAGAGGAUGAACCAGUAAUCAAGUUCCACCAGCCAAUCUACUAUGUCAAUGAGAGCGACGGCUAUCUCUCUGCCAUACUGACGAGGACAGGUGAUUUAGGAACAAGUGUGUCGGUGAUUUGUUUCACCAUACCUCUGACAGCCAGAGGGAGUGAACUAACCCACCUACAGUCUGGCUCUGACUACAUCACUCGUGGUAACACCAACCUCAACAGAGUUGUCUUUCCACCAGGAAUCAGCACUGCGUCCUGUGAAGUAAAGCUUGUUGAUGACAGUGAAUUUGAGCCAGCAGAACAAUUUGAGCUGUCAAUCUCUGAUCCGUCAGCCAACUGCCGGCUAGGACCAGUCACCAAGGCAACCGUCAUCAUCAAUGGACCAAACGAUGUGUCCAUUGUGCAUCUUGCCUUGCCGAGGUUCCACUUUGAUGAAGAUGCUGGUAAUGUUGAAAUUGAAGUGCUGCGUACAGGUGCUGACCUCGCCCAUGACACAGUAGUAUGGUGUGCCACAAGACUAUCAGAUAUACCCUCUGCCACUCCUGGACAGGACUACAUACCCAGCUCUAGUCAAAUUACUUUUGGCCCUGGGCAAACAUCUGAGAGAUGCCUGCUGACCAUUAUGGAUGACGAGGGUGAUCCGCGAAGGGAAGGUAACGAGACGUUCACUGUAUUUCUGAGUUCUCCUACAGGAAGUGUGCUAGUGGAACCUCACACGGCUACAGUAGUUAUCCACGACGACCACCUGGACAUGCCUAACAUGCAGUUUUCUAAAGACAACCAGACAAUCAGCGAGUCAAGUGGACAGGUCAGUGUGGCUGUAGUAAGAUCAGGAGAUCUCAGCUUUGAAUCAUCUGUUAUCUGUUACACCCGACAGAACACCGCCCUGGUGUCCGAGGACUACAUAGAACGGCCGCUCAAUGAAGAAUCACGCUUAUUUUUCUUACCUGGAGAAAAGAUGCAGAGCUGUGUGGUUGGAAUUGUUGAUGAUGCCAACUAUGAGCCGACAGAGAACUUCCAUCUUCACUUGGCUGAGGCCAUGGGUACAGAGUCUUGUGAGGCUGGCAUAGGGAGAAUAGACAAGACAGAGGUCACCCUGACUAACCAGGAGGAUGUGCCAACCUUAGGAUUUGAGCAACCUGCCUAUAGUGUACAGGAGCCAGGAGUCCAAGAGAUGACCAGGACACUGGUCAUCAGGAUCAGUAGGAUCGGUGACCUAUCACACACGUCCAGUGUCCGAUGUAGCACCAGGGAUGGGUCAGCACUGUCGGGGGUCGAUUAUAGCCCCAGGAGUCUCAUCAUCAUAUUUGAACCAAAUAUGGCGGCAGUAGACUUCCCAGUGGAUAUCCUGUACAACAGUGCUAUUGAGUGGCAUGAAUCCUUCACAGUGGUCUUGGGGCCAGAGGAUCCCAUGGGGGCUGAGCUCAGCCUAGUGUCUGUCACCACGGUAACCAUCCUAGAUGAUGAGGUGUCUGGAAGUCUGGUACUACCUGCACCUCCAGUGGUGGUGUCACUAUUACACUAUGAUGAUGUGGAGACAGGCAGUAAGAGGAAACCAUCUCCUGGAUAUCCUCUCAUAUGUGUCUCAGCGUGUGAUAUUCACUACCCAACCUACACCAUCACACAUACGCUGUGUGAGGAAUCCAACAUCAACCAGUCUUCCAUUUUGUACACAUGGGAGGUUGCUAUGCCUGCCAAUGACCAGCUGAAAUCCAAGCCACCUUUUGUCAUGGUAACAGAUUCCACACUUUUCACAAGUGUUAAUAAGAUUGUACUGGACAGUGUUUACUUUCGUCCUAUGUUUCAAGUUCGGUGUAUUGCACAACCACGACAUGCCAAUGGAAAUCCAGGAAUUUCAUCAAAGAGUGAGCCUGUCACUAUCAGCCAUGAAGAGGGCAUUUGUAAGGCCCCUGUGUUUCAUGGAAGCCCCCACACCAGCUAUGGUGCGCAGUCUUUCCUGGCCAGUCUUAACUAUAUAGGUCCUGAGGAUCCAGAUCAUCCCAAUACUAUCCACAUCUCCAUCCAGAUCCCACACCAGGACGGCCACCUCCCUCUAAUAUCCACCUUUCCCCUCCACAAUCUACGCUACCUGUUGGCCGAGCCCGUGUACAGACAACAACAUCUGUGUUCAAACCUAAUCACACCCGAGGAGAGACAUGGCAUCAUCGACUCGGGAUUUCUGGACAAUCCACAGGCUUUUCCACCAGUGUAUAACUUUCCAUACCAGUUUGACUCUCAGCUGAGAGAAAAUCGCACCAUCGGUCUGUACAAACACCUAAAUCUUAAGUCAUGUGUGUGGUCCUUUAGUGCCUGGUACCACAUGACCGACCUGGUCGAUAUCUGUGGCGGUAAAGUCAUCUCUGACUUCCAGGUUAAGGGUGCAGGCCAGACCUACCUGACCGUCUCUGUGCCCCUGUACGUGUAUUAUGUGUAUGUUACUGCCCCUGUGGGAUGGGGCUCCCUACAGCACCACACAGACAUGUCCUUCUCCUUCUACUACGACAACAUCCUGUGGCAGGCGGGACUGGAGGGGGAGGGAACCACAGGUGGGGACCUCCAAGUUCUCAAGGUCCUGGUCGGCCGAGAUGGCAAACUUGUCAUCGAUCUUAAGACACAUGCUAAAUUCAGAGGCAUAUAUGUCCUUAAACACCACACCCUGCCUGGAAUUGAGAGUCGCAUACUUCCACCAGAGGGCAUGGCAAUAACCUUUGACCUGACCUUGAUGUGGGGUCAGCAGACUUUUGAUAGUCCUCAUCAGUUGUGGCGGGCAACAAGUAAAUUCAAUCUUAAGGAUUAUACCGGGAAGUACAUCAUUGAGCUGAUACCAUGUACAGUAUCAUCUACUCAGGUGUUUACUGGAGGUCAGGAUCCUAUACCCUGUACCGGUCAUCAGCCCCAGAGGUUUGAGGUACCUAUAGCCUUCCAACAGUCCAACAGGCCCGUACCUCUUGUGUAUACUCUCAACACAAGGUUCCAGCUCACCAACAAUCUACAAACCUUCCUAUUGGGCCCAGACAAAGCACAGGACGAAUUGAACUUUGAUGAUACAACAUUCACAAUUGGUGAGGAGCUUUUUGGCCGUGUCAUGUGGGACCUAGACCAGGAUCUGCGCGAUGCCUACAGACUCUCAGUGCAGAAAGUUUACCUCUGUACCGGAAGUGAUGGGUUUGUGCCGACCUAUGACCCUAAAGGUGAUAUCUAUGGUGAUGGGCCUCAGUUUGGGUGUAUACAGCCUAGUAAAAAUCUACGCCAUAGAUUCCUCAUCCUGGACCGUGGCAACCCUGACGUGAUACAGACACACUUCCACAAUGUAGCAUUCAAUGCCCAUUUCUGUGGAGAUUCACCAGCUCUGGCUCAUCUGGAGGACUUUCCGGGAAUAGACGGCUUCAGCAUGAGUACAGACCCCCUAUACAAGGUAACUGCUGGUAACCAGUGGUAUUUACAAGUGGUAUACAUCAUUACCCGGGACGACAUUUCUCUCCCCGAAUACCGAAACAGAAGAUCAUACCGUUCCAGACGGGACACAUCACCAGAUCAAGAGGAUCCUUUGGAUAAGCCUCGUAAUGGAACAAAUAUAAUAGCCAUAAAGUUAGAAAUAGACAGCUCUCAGUCCAAUGGGGAUUCCCCUACUGAGUUACCCUGGGUAUUACCAGUGGUAGUGGUACUUCUAGUCAUAGCAGUGGUAGUUGUAGUGGUGUGCUGCCUGUGCUUCUGUGUCCGACGGAAACGCCGAAGAAAAGACAAAGAGCAGAGCUCUGCAGUUACAAGAAGAAGUAAUAUAGAAAUUGCACAGCAGAAUUCUCUACGAUCAUCACAUCGACAGAACAGACUGUCACAGUCCAAAAUUAAUGUGAACAUCAUGGAAAUUAAAAACACUUCAGUUCACCAGACAGAAAAAGAUAGAACUUUUAAUGUGAAAAUCAAAGACACCAAUAUAAAAUCUCAGGGAAAAACUACUUAUAAUGUAUCAGGGACAGAGGUUUGAUGUUGUAGACUUAUCUUCCAUUGUUCUGGGCCAGUCUAUUGUGAUACAUGGGGGUGAUGGGUGAUUUGUAUACCUACUUUUAUUUGUAUUAUGGAUAUAUUUAUCAGACUAAAUGGUAUGAAAUCAGCUAUCUGUGAUUUGUGGGUGGAGCAGUGUAUUCCAUAAUAUCUUGUUGGUAAGCUGUUCAAACAUGUAGUCUGUUACUCGAUUGUCAACUGUCCAUAGCUUCAGGCCAUGAUGUCAAAUUUACAUGCUAAAAUAUCUAGAUGAUACUCAAGUUCUGAAAUCAUCCAUUGCUAUAAGUAUAUAAUAGCUAAAGUCCUUCUUUGAAUUUGAAUAUUUACUGAAAACAAUGUACAACUCAACACUACAAAAAUGCCUGACAUUAUUGUACAGCUGAGGGUGAAGUGCAAUACAAUAUCUUUGGUACGUGCCAUACAUGUCUGUCUAUAGAGGGAUCGGACUGAACAUCUAUAGAGGGUCUGACUGAAUGUCUGUUUAUAGAGGGGUCUGACUGAACAUCUAUAGAGGGUCUAACUGAAUGUCUGUGUAUAGAGGGGUCUGUCUGAACAUCUAUAGAGGGGUCUGACUGAAUGUCUGUGUAUAGAGGUGUCUGUCUGAACAUCUGUCUAUAGAGAGGUCUGACUUAACAUCUGUCUAUAGAGAGGUCUGUCUGAACAUCUGUAUAUAGAGAGGUCUGACUGAACAUCUGUCUAUAGAGAGGUCUGACUGAACAUCUGUCUAUAGAGGGGUCUGUCUGAACAUCUGUCUAUAGAGAGGUCUGACUGAACAUCUGUCUAUAGAGAGGUCUGACUGAACAUCUGUCUAUAGAGAGGUCUGACUGAACAUCUGUCUAUAGAGAGGUCUAACUGAACAUCUGUCUAUAGAGAGGUCUAACUGAACAUCUGUCUAUAGAGAGGUCUAACUGAACAUCUGUCUAUAGAGAGGUCUAACUGAACAUCUGUCUAUAGAGGGGUCUGACUGAACAUCUGUCUAUAGAGAGGUCUGACUUAACAUCUGUCUAUAGAGGGGUCUGACUGAACAUCUGUCUAUAGAGGGUCUUACUGAACAUCUGUCUAUAGAGGGGUCUGACUGAACAUCUGUCUAUAGAGGUGUCUGUCUGAACAUCUGUCUAUAGAGGUGUCUGUCUGAACAUCUGUCUAUAGAGGGGUCUGACUGAACAUCUGUCUAUAGAGGGGUCUGACUGAACAUCUGUCUAUAGAGGUGUCUGUCUGAACAUCUGUCUAUAGAGGUGUCUGUCUGAACAUCUGUCUAUAGAGGGGUCUGACUGAACAUCUAUAGAGGGUCUGACUGAACAUCUGUCUAUAGAGAGGUCUGACUGAAUGUCUGUGUAUAGAGGUGUCUGUCUGAACAUCUGUCUAUAGAGGGUCUAACUAAAUGUCUGUGUAUAGAGGGGUCUGACUGAACAUCUAUAGAGGGUCUUACUGAACAUCUGUCUAUAGAGGGUCUAACUGAACAUCUGUCUAUAGAGGGUCUUACUGAACAUCUGUAUAUAGAGGGGUCUGACUGAACAUCUGUCUAUAGAGGGUCUUACUGAACAUCUCUCUAUAGAGGGGUCUGACUAAACAUCUGUCUAUAGAGAGGUCUGACUGAACAUCUGUCUAUAGAGGGUCUUACUGAACAUCUGUCUAUAGAGGGUCUUACUGAACAUCUCUCUAUAGAGGGGUCUGACUAAACAUCUGUCUAUAGAGGUCUGUCUGAACAUCUGUCUAUAGAGGGUCUAACUGAACAUCUGUCUAUAGAGGGGUCUGACUGAACAUCUGUAUAUAGAGGGUCUUACUGAACAUCUAUAGAGGUCUGUCUGAACAUCUGUCUAUAGAGGGGUCUGUCUGAACAUCUGUCUAUAGAGGGUCUAACUGAAUGUCUGUGUAUAGAGGGGUCUGACUGAACAUCUGUCUAUAGAGGGGUCUGACUGAACAUCUGUCUAUAGAGGGGUCUGACUUAACAUCUGUCUAUAGAGGGGUCUGUCUGAACAUCUGUCUAUAGAGGGGUCUGUCUGAACAUCUGUCUAUAGAGGUGUCUGACUGAACAUCUGUAUAUAGAGGGGUCUGUCUGAACAUCUGUCUAUAGAGGUGUCUGACUGAAUGUCUGUCUAUAGAGGUGUCUGACUGAACAUCUGUAUAUAGAGGGGUCUGACUGAACAACUGUCUAUAGAGGGGUCUGACUGAACAUCUGUCUAUAGAGGUGUCUGACUGAACAUCUAUAGAGAGGUCUGACUGAACAUCUGUCUAUAGAGGUGUCUGUCUGAACAUCUGUCUAUAGAGAGGUCUGACUUAACAUCUAUAUAUAGAGGGUCUGACUGAACAUCUGUCUAUAGAGGUGUCUGUCUGAACAUCUGUCU